AUGCCACCUUCACCUUCUGCGCUCGUUCUUCGUCCGGUGCAGACUGCCGUACCACCUGAUACCAUCUGGUCGCGCGUACCCGAAGAUGCUUUCAGAGACCACCUCGUUACAUUGGAGAAGCAGACGAAUGCGGUCCCGAUGGAUGUCUUGACCGCAGGAGAGGAUGAUGGUAUUAACAACUACGACAGCUCCAGUCAAUUCCUGUCACUAAAGACGGAGAAACAGGUCGCUGAUGACCUCGCCUACCUCGCUGCUGUCACCGAGGGAGCGCAGAGCGUGGCCGCCGUCUGUCUCACGCAACACAUUGGGCCCUCGCUCGCUCCGGGGUCUCCUACGUUGGUAAUACACGUCGCGGGAAUGGAUGUCAUCGAUGAGAAUGUCAAGGGAAUGCUUGACUCUGUUGUCGCGCAGCUUCAUCUUGCGGAGCCCGACCGCACUCAGGUCAUCUUCGGCUCGAUCAUCCAGCAGCAUCAGCAGAAACUCCUUGGCCGACUUCGUUCACGAAAAUGGAUCAAGCCGAGGCAUCUGGCGAGGACACACAAGAAGCCUCUAUGGCAGGAUUUUGAAAAUCUCCUACACCGGGCUCAGCAUAUCUACCCUAGGAAGCCUGAACGCAGGAUCCGGGAAGCAACCGAAUCAUCUAUUCGCCAAGUCCGUAAAGUGUAUGAGGAUUUCGAGACUUCAGCCGAUCAGACUGCCCAGGCGCUUCAGCAGCUCGUGAAAGCAACCUUCACGUGGUGCAAAUCGCCGCUGAUAGGCGAUUACGCAUCGAAACUCGACAGCGCAGGGCUCACUCGUCAGAUCGCCGCGGCACUCAAGACACUUCGACAGCUCGAAAAGAUCGGCUCAUACUGGCGAAUUGCGGAAGACCUGGUCGCAGUGGCGGACCAGCAUCCACAUAUCUUCCAACGCAUUGAGCUCCGGUACCUUACUCCUUACGCGAGCAUACCGACCAGUAUCGCAUACGAAUCAUGGGCUUACACGUGCCACGUUCACGCUGAAAUCCAACUCGUCGUCGAGCUUGCGAAAAGCACCUCAAAACAAGCUGAAUCCGAAGCCGAAGUCGGUAAUGUAUCGACAGUCGAAAUGCGACCACGGACAAUCGGCACGAGCAAGUACCUGUGUUACUUAUGUUAUCUGUUCCUGCGAUACCAUGGAGCCUUCCAGAUGCUCAGUACGCAUGGGCGUCUGUAUGACCAGUGGACUGUUCCUGAUUUGGUCGAAUAUGACACGGCCACGAGGGAUAAGUUCUCUUCUGUGCUUAAAUGCUUGGAUGAACAUGUUGUGGAGCAGAUCGAGGAGACGAAAUGUGUCAUCUGGCGAGCUGAGCCUAUGACGAGUCGUCAGAAUUUGCUCUUAUUAGGUGCUGAACAGCCAGAUGGGGGUACUUUGGAGGAUGGCGUUGACAGUGUUGCUUUGUCCUGA